CGUCGAUCAAAUUUCUAUUUUUCUUUGCUAUUAGAAACACAUAAUGGCUGAAAAACGAGGAGUGAAACGCAAGAGGAACGAAGCGCCAAAGGAGAAGGAUUUAGGUGUAAAGAUUGGUGGAAAAUUACAUCACGAUUUAAGGGAAGUCAAAAAAGCGGCGAAGAAGGCCAAGAAUUUUGAGACUCAGAAGCUUGUAAAGAAACUCAAGACGUUACGAAAUAGAAAUGAAGACCAUUCACAAAUAACAGAAUGCGAAUCCGAGUUGGAUGAGCUCAAGGGCCUCAACCACGAAGCCGUAGCAAGAACUGCGCUACGGUCGAAACUGCUCAAAGACAGGAUACUCUCCGGGAAUGAAUACGUACAGGCUGCGAUGUCAGACCAGCUCCAGUCUAAUCUUCUCGGCGGGAGUACCAAAGUGCAGGGCCGCAUCCUAAGCUCCAAGGUUCUCGCUGUUGAAAUUGCCAACAUCAUCGAGGGUCUUCGAGCGGUUAUCCUUCCGCCCGCUGAUGAGGAUGUCGAAACGUCAGAGCCCCCGAGGAAAAUGACAAAGGUCGAGGUGAAAGAUGGCGAGGGGGAGGACGACGACGACGAUGAGGAAGAAGUUGAAGCCGGCGAUGAGAUGGGCUGGGAAUCUGGAACUGUGGGGGAUGAUGAGAAGGAGAAUGAUGACGGAUGGGAGUCUGGCUCUCUCGACGAGGAUGGAAACGUCGAUGAAGGAGACGAUGAUACCGAAGUCCCUCUCGCAGGUCCGAGAGCCAAACCCACCGGUACCAAGGCCCAAAGUAAAUCCUCUACGGGUGGAUCGACGUUUCUUCCAUCCCUAUCGGUUGGAUUCAUCAAAGGAAACGAGGAUUCGGACUGGAGCGAGAGUGAUGCGAAAGCAGGAGACAUUGAGCAGAAGAAGAAUCGGAGGGGACAACGGGCUAGGCGGGCAAUUUGGGAGAAGAAGUAUGGGAAAAAUGCCAAUCACAAGAAACAGGAGGCUAUGGCGGCUGCGAUUGAGCCUGGUCGCAAAAGAUGGAGCAAUUCCGACGGGGGUCCUUCUAAUCGUCGUUAUGAUAGCCGCCCGUCGCACGGGAGUGCUAAGGAUGGCAAGUUCAAAGCGCGCGAUAAGGGCUCAGAGGGGCAGCACCACCAACGUCAAGACACUGGCUGGGAGCAACGGAAGGCCUUUACCCGCGACGACUCUAUAGUGAAACCAGACGACGGAAAGGAGGCCCUUCAUCCGUCUUGGGAAGCUAAACGAAGACUGCAAGCGAAGCAGCAAAUGUUGACCAACCAUGUUCAGAACAGAAAGAUUAAAUUCGCAUGAUGUAACUAUGUGUUCCCUAAAGAAUAGCAACAUGCAAGUCUA